GCAGCGCUGUGGUGAAGCCGCAUUGUUUGUGCCGAGGGGGGAGGGGAGUUUCUCAGCCCCGGGAGCCGAGCGCCCAGCCCGCAGCCGGACGGCGACCUGCGACGCGCCUCACGAAUGCGCCGCGCCCGGCUGCAGCAGCAGCCCCGCACCCAACGUCGGGUCGCCGCCGCCAGCAGCGCGGCCCGCUCAGCGACUGCUAUCCCGCCCGCGGCUGCUGGACGCGGGGCCAGGCGGCAGCAGCGGCGGCACCUCCGCCAUUAAACCGGCCGUAGCGUCGGCCGCAGAGGCGGAACGGGAGGUCUGUCAGCCGCGCUUCGGCGGCUCCCACAGUGUAAACAUUACCAAAUGAGGAGAAAAGGAAGAUGUCAUCGAGUAUCGGCAACAAGGCAUUCUUCUUCGCCAUGCAGUAUUAAACACUCCCCCACACGAGAAACAUUGACGUAUGCUCAAGCUCAAAGAAUGGUUGAAAUAGAAAUUGAAGGUCGUCUGCAUAGGAUCAGUAUCUUUGAUCCUUUAGAGAUUAUUUUAGAAGAUGAUCUUACAGCCCAGGAGAUGAGUGAAUGCAACAGCAAUAAGGAGAAUAGUGAAAGACCACCAGUUUGUCUAAGAAGCAAACGGCAUAAAAAUAACAAAGUGAAAAAGAAAAAUGAAGCUCUUCCGAGCUCACAUGGCAUACCUGCUACGACAACUCCUCUUCCAGAACCAAAAGUACGGAUUGUUGAAUACAGUCCCCCUUCAGCUCCUCGGAGACCCCCAGUUUAUUACAAGUUCAUUGAGAAGUCAGCAGAAGAACUUGAUAAUGAAGUUGAGUAUGACAUGGAUGAAGAAGAUUAUGCGUGGUUAGAAAUAAUAAAUGAGAAGCGGAAAAGUGAUGGAGUGUCAGUUGUUUCACAAAAUAUGUUUGAAUUCCUUAUGGACAGGUUUGAAAAAGAGUCUUAUUGUGAGAACCAAAAACAGGGUGAUCAUCAGUCUUUAAUUGAUGAAGAUGCAGUGUGUUGUAUAUGCAUGGAUGGUGAAUGUCAGAACAGCAAUGUAAUUCUAUUUUGUGAUAUGUGUAAUUUAGCAGUACAUCAGGAAUGCUAUGGGGUGCCAUAUAUACCUGAGGGCCAGUGGCUCUGCAGACACUGUCUGCAGUCCCGUUCUCGGCCUGUAGACUGUGUGCUGUGCCCAAACAAGGGAGGUGCCUUUAAAAAGACUGAUGAUGAUCGUUGGGGACACGUUGUGUGUGCUUUGUGGAUUCCAGAAGUUGGAUUUGCCAAUACAGUUUUUAUUGAGCCAAUUGAUGGUGUCAGGAACAUUCCCCCAGCCAGAUGGAAGUUAACAUGCUACCUCUGUAAACAGAAAGGUGUUGGUGCCUGCAUCCAGUGCCACAAAGCAAACUGCUAUACUGCAUUCCAUGUGACGUGUGCUCAAAAGGCUGGUCUAUAUAUGAAAAUGGAACCUGUGAAAGAACUAACUGGCAGUGGGACGACAUUCUCUGUAAAAAAGACUGCCUAUUGUGAUGUACAUACUCCACCAGGUUGCACACGGAGACCUCUAAAUAUUUAUGGAGAAACUGAAAUCAAAAAUGGUGUUUGUAGGAAGGAGGGAUCAGUCAGAACUGCUAGGUCAACAUCAAAAGUCAGAAAAAAGACAAAAAAAGCCAAGAAAACAGUGGUUGAACCCUGUACAGUUAUGCCAACAGUAUCUGCUCCUUAUAUACCCCCCCAGAGAUUAAAUAAGAUUAUGAAUCAGGUGGCCAUUCAGCGGAAGAAGCAGUUUGUUGAACGAGUGCACAGUUACUGGUUGCUUAAAAGGCUGUCUAGGAAUGGUGUUCCUCUGUUGAGAAGGCUGCAGUCCAGUUUACAGUCACAAAGAAACACACAACAGAGAGAAGAUGAUGAAGAAAUGCAAGCCUUAAAAGAAAAGUUGAAGUACUGGCAAAGGCUGCGUCACGAUCUCGAAAGAGCACGUUUGUUGAUUGAACUUAUUCGUAAGCGUGAAAAAUUAAAAAGAGAACAGGUCAAGAUUGAGCAGGUUGCUAUGGAACUUCAGCUUACUCCAUUCACUGUACUUCUGCGAUCAGUUCUGGAUCAGCUGCAGGAAAAGGAUUCUGCUCGUAUAUUUGCUCAGCCAGUGAACCUUAAAGAGGUUCCAGACUAUUUGGAUCAUAUUAAACAUCCUAUGGAUUUCUCUACCAUGCGAAAACGGUUAGAUGCUCAAGGCUAUAAAAACCUCAGUGAGUUUGAAGACGACUUCAAUCUUAUCAUAGAUAACUGUAUGAAAUACAAUGCAAAAGAUACAAUAUUCUAUAGAGCUGCAGUGCGGUUGAGAGAUCAAGGAGGUGUAGUUCUCAGGCAAGCUAGGCGAGAUGCUGAAGGAAUUGGUUAUAAUAAUGAAACUGGAAUGCACUUACCUGAACGGCCGAAACUUGAGUCACCCCAGCCUUUCUCUUGGGAAGAUGUGGAUAGGUUACUGAAUCCUGCAAACAGAACACAUAUGUCCUUGGAAGAACAGCUAAGAGAGUUGCUAGAGAAACUUGAUCUCACCUGUGCAAUGAAAUCCAGUGGGUCAAGGAGCAAAAGAGCAAAGCUGCUAAAGAAAGAAAUCAGCGUUAUUCGCAACAAACUAAGUCAGCAACACAACCAAGCUCCUCAAAUAGAAUCAGGUAUUGGAAGUUUUGAAGAAGAAAGUACAACAUUAGAACAAGAUGGAGAAGAAGAAGGAGAUAAAUCUCCCCCUAAACUUGAACCAUCAGAUGCAUUACCUCUUCCUUCAAACUUGGAGACUAAUUCAGAACCACCAACCCUCAAACCAGUAGAACUCAAUCCAGAGCAGAGUAAGCUUUACAAAAGAGUAAAAUUUGAUAAUGAAUUAUAUAGCACUUCCAUUCAGAAAGAAAUAAAUGGACACACUCCAGAACACUUACUUGACAGUAAUCUCAAUGAGUCGACUGUUUCUGCUGUAGCUGAGUCAUCAACUGAUGUAAACAGACGUACAUCCAUUCUCUUCUGCAAAUCGAAAAGUAUAAGCCCCCAAAAGUCUGCAAAGAACACUGAAACCCAGCCAACUUCUCCACAGCUAGGGACCAAAACCUUUUUGUCUGUAGUCCUUCCAAGGUUGGAGACACUUCUGCACCCAAGGAAAAGAUCAAGGAGUGCAUGUGGAGAUUCUGAGGUUGAUGAUGAGUCCCCUGUAAAGCGCUUGGACACAGGUCUGUCAAAUGGUUUUGGAGAUGGAAGUAAAGAGAGAGCAUUAGAUGAUACUCCAGGAAGAAAAGUUGAACCUCGUCGCCGCUGCGCAUCAGAAUCUAGUAUUUCAUCUAGUAAUAGUCUCUUGUGCAACUCAAGUUUCAGCCUGCCAAAGUGUGGUAAAGGUAAACCUGCACUUAUACGAAGACACACACUGGAAGACCGAAGUGAAUUGAUAUCAUGCAUUGAAAAUGGAAACUAUGCCAAAGCAGCAAGAAUUGCAGCCGAAGUUGGGCAUAGCAGUAUGUGGAUUUCAACUGAUGCUGCAACAUCUGUUCUUGAGCCUCUAAAGGUAGUAUGGGCCAAAUGCAGUGGAUAUCCCUCAUACCCAGCUCUGAUUAUUGACCCUAAGAUGCCUCGUGUUGCUGGCCAUCACAAUGGUGUUACUAUACCAGUACCACCUCUGGAUGUGCUGAAAAUCGGAGAACAAAUGCAGACCAAAUCAGAUGAGAAGCUAUUCUUGGUACUGUUUUUUGACAACAAAAGAAGUUGGCAGUGGCUUCCCAAAUCCAAAAUGGUUCCCCUUGGGAUAGAUGAAACCAUAGACAAGUUAAAAAUGAUGGAAGGCCGUAACUCAAGCAUACGAAAAGCAGUCAGAAUUGCUUUUGAUCGUGCUAUGAAUCAUCUGAGUCGAGUCCAUGGAGAACCAGUCAGUGACUUCAGUGAUAUUGACUAACAGAGAUUCUACUGAGGCAUGAAAAAUAAAUACCACACAAACUCAAACUUUACUAAUGAACCUCUUUGUCUAAAGAAUGUAUUGAAGAUACAACCCCUUAAUUGUUGAUUCAGUGGCUGAGUUCUGCAAACUUGAAAUAGUUGAGCAAUUCUUCUAAAUCACCAUUGCCAUACUGAUUAUUGAUUUUAUUGUGUUGUAGCUUGGAGGAUUUUCCACUAAACCUGUUAAAAUGUCUUGUUCAUAGUGUUCAUAAUUGUACAUAAAUGUAUAUUCAACACUUAACUUAUUCUGAUUUUAGAAGUAGCUCUUUAAUUCCUUUUAUAAUUUUGCUGGGGAGGGAGUUGUUUUUUUUUUCCAUCCUUUUUACUUUUUUUUUUCUGUUCUUUCUGAGGUUAAGUUACCUAAGCACCAUGUUCCAGCUUAAGGUGUUUAGUGGAUCUUUAAAGCUUAAUAUCAAAAUGGCAUCAAAUAUAUGUUUGCCUAAAUCAUAUACAAUAUGGUGCUGCUUGUAUCAUUUCUUCCUUGGUCUGUAGCUUCUGAAAGACUUCUGAAUGUUUGUGUAAAUCAUUGCUCUUUGCACAAAGUACCACAUAUUUAAGAUUGAUGUAAAUUUACAAUUACAAAUAUGUAUUUUAAGAAAGGAAGUUGAAUUAUUUUGGAGGGUACUUUGUGAGAAAGGCAUCAAGAAAAAAACUAUACUAUGUACAUCACUUGGAAAUCACCAAAAACACUCCAUUGUUGCCCAAAAUAACUUAAGAUUGUUUUUGUUUUAAACAAACCUGGCUUAAAGCCUGCGAGCACAUUAUUUCUUUCAAAACCAUAUCCCAUUUAUCUCCCAUUGAUUUAAUUUUGUUGAUAUGUGUGCCUCCCUGUGUUUUAUUUAUUGUAGAAAAUGUAUUAAUUUGCUUUAUAAUGAAAAAUAAAAUUGACAAAUAUAUUGAUAUGCAUUUUUAUACAGGCACAUGAGAAGACAACUUGCUUUGGGAGAAAAAUGUAUUGGAAAUUGUAUAAAAUAACUUGAUGGUUUGUGUGUAAUUUGGUUUUUUUGUAACUUGUAAUCUUUCGUUUCCAAGGAGGGGAUUUAUGUAACUUUUAAUUUAGAACACUUUGGUAGCAAUAGAAACUUUGGAUACAUUUUUGUAUGGUACAUGUGAUGUAUAUAGAAUUAGUACUUUAUUUUUAUUUUUAAGAAGUAAAGCAUUAUGUUUGGGCAGGGGGAAGAAGGAGGGUGGGUUUCCAGAACUGCAUUUUUAUAUUAAAAGGAAAAAAAAAAUAAAGUCAAGAUAUUGAUUGUUGUAGCUACUUUAUUCCUACCUUCACUGAGAUACUGAAUUUGUAACAAUGAAAAUGGCAAGGUAUGUUUGCAAUGUGAUUUAUAAUGACUCCAUUAUUUAUAAAUGCACUGUGUUUGAACUCUUUUGCAGUGAUAUCUUAAAUACUGUACCAAGUUAUAUAAUAUGAAACACCAAAUAAUGCAUAUGAAUGCACGAAGUAUUUAUGCCCAGCUUUUUUAUAAAGGAUUAGCAAGUACAGCAAAACCAAUACUUUUUAAAUUUUUUUUUUUAAACUUCAUUGAAUAGCAUACUUCAUUGUUAAACCUGCUUGAAUCUUUAUUUUAAAGGGACAAUUACUUUUUAAAUAGUUUUUAAUGUUUUUAUUCUCUAUUGUUUGUAAUACCCCCUUAGAAGCUUGAAAUAAAAUUUCUUUCUCAACUGUUAAUUUUGUCCUGAAUUUAGCCCCUGAGAUCUUGCU